GUUUUCUCCGAAUGUAUAUUGAACGCCUCCACGAGUGAGUCCGUUGGUCUCUCGCGUGGAUCCCGGACAACCUUGGAUUUGCAAGCGGACGCAGUGAAACGAACAUUUUGCUAAUUAUUUGAAGUGUUUUAAAGACUUAACUAACAGUCUAGUCUGGUCUAGUUAAACUAGAUCAAAACCCGCAGGCGGUGAAAAAUCCAUCCACCCUCUUUUGAGAGAAUAUGCUCAGACAGUAAAUCGUCCAUAUCCACACUGAUAUGUCUCUGGCAAAGAUCACACGUCUCCGCUCAGCGAGGCUGCUUAGCUCCAUCCACCAGCAGCACCAGCAGCACCAGCAGCAGCAGCAGCUCCCCCACUCCAUCACUCCCCUCACUGUGCCCAGAAGACCUAUGAUUCAGGGUGAAUACAGACGGCCUGGCAAGCCCAAAGAAGACAAGUUUCCAUGGCAGAAGAUCAAGUUUGACUUUGCAAAGGGUUUGGAGGGGAUAAAGAAGCAUUUCACACUGCUGAAAAAUGAGUUUUCUGACCCCUGGGUUGGUCCAGAAGGCAAACCGAUCCUCGAGCACAUGUUGGAGCAGAACCGAGUGAUAUGGGAGUUCAGAGGUCCAGAGAGCCUGGAGCAGUGGACGGUGUCCUCAGAUCAUGAGAUAGGAGGCCAAAGUGAAGUUCACCUGAAGCUUGGCAGAAGUAAUAAUACCUGUUUUCUGUAUGGGACUCUGAAUUCUGCUCCUCCAAAGGACGGAGAAACACGCUACAGUGGCUACUGCACCAUGCGCUCAAAGCAACCACUGGCUUCAUUUGAUAGAAAAAAGCACCACGAUUGGACCAAUUUCAACACCCUGCAUUUGCGCGUGCGUGGUGACGGCCGUCCAUGGAUGAUCAGCAUUGCGACAGAAACGUACUUCUCUCACCAGAAAGAUGACAUAUACUGUUACUUCCUGUACACCAGGGGAGGACCCUACUGGCAAGACGUCAAGAUACCUUUUUCCAAGUUCUUCCUCUCACAUCGCGGGAGGAUACAUGACGAUCAGCAUCCUGUCUUGCUGGACAAGGUAAACACUGUGGGAUUUACCUUGGGAGACAAAGCUGACGGACCGUUCCAGCUGGAGAUUGAUUUCAUUGGGGUCUGCAAAGAUUAUGCACACACUGAGGAGUUCGCCUAUGAGGUGUACAAGAGGAACCCUGAAGUUUGAGAUGCAGUUUGCAGCUGAACUGUUAUUGACUAAAGAUACUGUAUAUGUGGAUUCUAGUACUUGUCCUGCAGUAUGUCACCAACUGUAACACAUUUUGUACCUGCAGAACUUGGCUAUUAGCCGUGAAGAAUUAUGUUUGUCAGUUCAGGAUUUUCUCAGUGAGAUAAAACAUGAUAAGUGAUGACAUCUCUGAGAUUGUCGUGCUGCUCUUGCACAAUGAAAUCAGGUUGUUUAUUUUGUUUCAACUCCUGUAUGUGACACAUCAUCCAGAGCUUAGUUAGCAAUAAAAAUAAUUUUCCCGGUGAA